CAAACAGCAACAACACCACGAACACAUAAGUUUUCGGCGAUAAAACCAGUUCGCGGGGAACACUACCCGCAAAUUGUGACGCACGGUUUGUUCCUUUAGCUAAUCCGCUUCAAAACGAAAAUUUUUCCCAUAACACACGGAAGCGCAGGUAACACCUAAACGCGUUCGCUAGAAACGAGUUCUACCAGUGCCAACAGGAGGAGUGCGAGGUUUGCGGUUGGUCGGGAAAGUUGUGUCCUAUCACGCAAUAGGAAACAUCGUACGUACUCUUGAGCGAGGUCGUCUUUGACAGCUGCAAAGAGUACGGUGAGCGCAUCUUGCGCACUUCCUCGUAAAAAUGACGAUCAAUAAUAUACUCUGGUUCCGCCACGGACUCCGAUUGCACGAUAAUCCGAGCCUCCUGGAAGCGCUGAAAAAUGACUGCGCAAAUCAUUCGAGCGAAACGGUGAAGCUGUUCCCAGUGUUUAUAUUCGAUGGGGAAAGUGCAGGUACCAAAAUCGUCGGUUACAAUCGGAUGAAGUUUUUGCUGGAAUCGCUGACUGACCUUGACCGCCAAUUCCGUGAGCUCGGCGGGCAACUGCUCGUAUUCCGUGGGGAUAGUGUGACCGUGCUGCGACGCUUGUUCGAGGAGCUGAACGUUAAAAAAGUAUGCUUCGAGCAGGAUUGUGAACCGAUUUGGAAGGAGCGCGAUGAUCGGGUGGCGAAACUGUGCCAGUCCAUGGAUGUCCGUUGCGUCGAGCAUGUCUCACAUACGCUUUGGAAUCCGCUGGAGGUGAUCCAGACGAAUGGAGAUAUUCCACCGCUGACAUAUCAGAUGUUUUUGCAUACGGUGAAUAUUAUAGGAGAACCACCGCGUCCCGUUGGAGCCCCCAACUUUGAGUAUAUCGAAUUUGGCCGCAUUCCGGCCAUUCUGUCCUCGGAGCUGAAGUUAUUCACGAAGAUUCCAACGCCCGAAGAUUUUGGGAUACGCUACGAUGGACAGGCGGACAUCGCGUACCAAAAAUGGAUCGGUGGUGAGACGCGAGCCCUUUCCGCUCUUGGCUCACGGCUCAAGCAGGAGGAGGAAGCAUUCCGUGAAGGAUACUACCUUCCAACGCAGGCCAACCCGGAGAUACUGGGCCCUGCGACGUCGAUGAGUGCCGCCCUUCGCUUCGGAUGCCUGUCCGUGCGCCUGUUCUACUGGUGCGUUCACGAUCUGUUCGCCAAGGUGCAGUCGGACAGCCAGUUCAAGUACCCGGGUGGGCAGCACAUCACCGGACAGCUGGUAUGGCGCGAGUACUUCUACACCAUGUCGGUGCAGAAUCCUUACUACGGCGAAAUGGAGCGCAAUCCGAUCUGUCUGAACAUCCCUUGGUACGAGCCGAUGGACGAUUCGCUCGCCCGUUGGAAGGAGGGUCGGACGGGUUUCCCGAUGAUCGAUGCGGCCAUGCGUCAACUGCUGGCCGAAGGCUGGCUGCAUCACAUUCUGCGCAACAUUACCGCGACCUUUCUCACUCGAGGCGGCCUGUGGAUCAGCUGGGAGGCGGGCCUGCAGCACUUCCUGAAGUAUCUACUCGAUGCGGAUUGGUCCGUUUGCGCUGGCAACUGGAUGUGGGUGUCCUCAUCCGCGUUUGAGCGGCUACUCGACUCGUCCAAGUGCACCGACCCGAUCUCUCUCGGACGGCGCCUCGACCCCAAGGGAAGCUACGUGAAGCGCUAUGUGCCCGAGUUGGCCAACUAUCCACCGGAGCUUAUCCAUGAGCCGUGGAAAGCGAACCGGGAGCAGCAAACCGAGUACGGGUGCGUCAUCGGUGAACACUAUCCAGCUCCGAUGGUCGAUCUUGCCGUAGUCGGUAAGCGCAACGCGCAGACAAUGGCCUCAUUACGAGAGAACCUGGUAGCUGACGGCAGCUCGACGCCGCCCCAUUGUCGUCCGUCCGACAUUGACGAGAUCCGGCAGUUCUUCUGGCUGUCGGAUGAUGUCGUCCCGGAAGCCUAAAAGGCCACAUCCGCCCCACACGAUAUACAGGGAUACAAGUGUACACUACCAGGCUGCAACAGCACUAAAGCUAAAGGGUAAAGUUACCGAUGGUUCCAAUCUCGCCCUGUAAGGGUGAAGAGUUUAUUUUUGUUAUUUCUUAUUUUCUUCUACGCGGGAUUUUGCUAGGUCUGUGCAAUGUAUCUACACAUUUUCUGUUGUUGGUGGCAAUCUAUAAGUUGGGGUUGCCGCUUAUCGUCGUUAUAAUCACGUUUGAGAAGAUUUACUUCUAGUUUUUAGUGGUAUACGUUUUGAUAUGCAUUUUAUAAUGAGAACAAGACGCGCGAAAAUACGUUCCACAGAUGCAAGAACGUGAACACAGUUAACGAAGGGUCAAUGGAUGAAGGGUGGACAAGAUUGGUCUCAGAAAUGUAUAAUCCUAGAUGUAUACUAAUUGUAUAAUCAAUGUGCAACACAAAAAAAAUGUCAAUAAACUUACCAUAAAAUC